CAUUCUGACAAAUCCAGACUCGCUCCUGCAUACUUGAGUCCAGCUCAGAGAACAGGUCGGACCACUGGGGAAAGCUGCGUUUGUCGUAUUCAGAGGCUGCGUUCAUGUGAGAACGUGCAGAGGAAUGAGGAUGGCACAGCGCCCACUGCAGUCUGCACACCACUCUCCUCAAAUCACGCUUCACUGGCUUCCUCUCUAAUUGGUUCCACACCAGAUACCGUGGAUCUCACCUGCUUUAAUUGGACUAUCGCGACAGGUUGUGUUGUUGCGUGACGUCGCUGCAGCUGGUCAAGUACUUCCAAUUGUCCCAAAAGGAAGGGCUUUUUUUUUUUCUCUCUCUCUCCUCUCUCUUAGAGUUUUUUCUUUAAUUGAAGCAUUGAGGAGGACUGCAGCAGUCGGAGGAGCUCACCAGGCCAAAACAAGUGUGGCACAGCACAGAACGGAAGGCAUCAUAGUGCGUGGAUGUGCAUGGAUGCAGGAGAGACGGAUCUGUGCGUUUUCGACAUGGACCAGCGGUUAACAAACCAUCCCUGAGAUUCGGAGUCAGAUCAGACUUAAUGCUCUGGAGGGAUCGUGUUUAUCUGUGAGCUCCCAAGAAGGAAGAUUGACUUUUACGCACGGUUAAAAACUCUGAAAUCAGCUUUUUCCCCCCUUUUUUUUCCCCCUCUGCUGGAAACAGAAGCAGCUCGAUCGUUAUUCCGGACAUCGGCUGUGGCACCCUGAGACCAUCAGCAGUGAAGCCUUAUUUUUGCGCAAGUGGUCGGUGCGCCCCUGCGUUUGGAGCCAUGGGUUGUACGGUGAGCGCCGAGGAUAAAGCAGCCGCGGAGAGGUCAAAGAUGAUUGACAAAAACCUCCGAGAGGACGGAGAGAAGGCUGCCAGAGAGGUGAAGUUGCUGUUAUUAGGUGCUGGGGAGUCUGGGAAGAGCACCAUUGUAAAGCAGAUGAAGAUCAUCCAUGAAGAUGGAUACUCAGAAGAUGAGUGUAAGCAGUACCGAGCAGUGGUUUAUAGCAAUACCAUCCAGUCAAUUAUGGCCAUUGUUAAAGCCAUGGCCAGUCUGAAGAUCGACUACAGCAACUCUGCAAGAGCGGAUGACGCCCAGCAGCUUUUUGCCCUCUCUGCAGCUGCUGAAGAACAGGGCAUUCUUCCUGAUGACUUGGCCAAUGUGAUCAGGCGAUUGUGGGCUGACAGCGGCAUACAGAGCUGCUUUGCACGGUCGCGAGAAUACCAGCUGAACGACUCGGCUGCAUAUUAUCUAAAUGACUUGGAGAGGAUAGCUAAAGCAGAUUACAUCCCCACCCAGCAGGAUGUGCUGCGAACCCGGGUCAAGACCACUGGCAUUGUGGAGACUCACUUCACUUUCAAGGAGCUUCACUUCAAAAUGUUUGACGUCGGAGGCCAGCGCUCAGAGAGAAAGAAGUGGAUUCACUGUUUUGAAGGAGUCACAGCCAUUAUCUUUUGCGUCGCGCUCAGUGCUUAUGAUCUGGUCCUGGCUGAGGAUGAGGAGAUGAAUCGCAUGCAUGAGAGCAUGAAGCUGUUUGACUCAAUCUGCAACAACAAGUGGUUCACUGAGACCUCUAUUAUCCUCUUCCUCAACAAGAAGGAUCUCUUUGAGGAGAAAAUCACUCGCAGUCCUCUCACCAUCUGCUUCCCUGAGUACACAGGAGCCAACAUGUAUGAUGAAGCCGCCAGUUACAUUCAGACCAAGUUUGAAGACCUGAACAAGAAAAAAGACACAAAGGAGAUCUACACCCACUUCACCUGUGCCACUGACACCAAGAACGUGCAGUUUGUCUUUGAUGCAGUCACUGACGUCAUUAUUAAGAACAACCUGAAGGACUGUGGUCUUUUCUAAAGGAUGAUGCCUGACACACACACAGACUGCAUGAGAGACUGCAACAGCCAUGUGAUGAUUACAGCUUUUCAUAAUGAAAACCAUAACAGACUUGAUUCCUAGAGGGGAAGCCUGAACGAAUUUCAACAAUCACAGAUACACAGCCAUCACAUUCCUUGUCUUGAUAUGUUUUAUUAUUUUUUUAAAUGGGUUAUAUUUAUAUAUCUACAUCAGGGGUUCACACAUCUAUACUGAGUGCCUAUAAAUAUGUAUUUGAUCAAGGAGCCCCUGAUCAGACAAAACCCCACUAACAAUAGAACUAUCAAUAGCACUCAUCUUUUUUAAAUGAAAUGUGUAACAAAUUAUCUGAGAUGAGCUCCAAUGGAAAAUAAUUGUUGGAUGAGGAAAACAUCAUAAUAAGCCAAAAAUUUCUAAUGAAAAUACUGCAAAAUUAAAGUAUAUUUAAUUCUUUAAAGGCCUUCAAAGAAAAAUUUAAGAAUCAAUUUGGUAGUUAUUUGAUUUAAUAAGAUUUAUUUACAUCUGUUUUUUUUAUUUAGGUAUUCAUUGUAGUUUCCCUUUGCUCAAAGUUUAAUGAGGGGAUAGACAAAAUACUUUUUAUAUAAAUCACAUUAACUUAAGUUGACUAGCGUUGGCAUUUUCUGAAACUUCUAACUGCACAGAGCUUAUUUUUUAGAAGAAAAAACAAGCAUGGAGAAUGAAUAGGGAUGAAGGGAAAUGUUUUUUUGUACAAUGUUUACACAGAAUCAAUAAUCACAGUUGUACAAUAGUGCAUUGUUCUGCAUGACUGUCCAUAGAUUAACCUGUACCCCUUCACAAAUUGAAUAAUAACAUUCCUUCUUUAGAGAAAUGAAACAAAACUUGUUAUGUGUCACUUUUAAUAUAUCUGCAAGAUUUUUAAGUGGUUAUGUCUCUUCCUAACAUGGAUUGUUCUGUACUAUUUGUUUUCAUUCCAGGUCUUUUUACAUAUGUUUGUGCCUUGAUAUCUGUUUACACUUGUUCUUUAGAGACAUGCUAUCUUCAUAGUGUGAAUUAGGGCUAUUUCUACUCCACUUCAGUUCACAUACCCCAUGAUUUAAGAUGCACCACAACACUGAGACAAAUGGAUGAUAGUUGUUCGUUAAUAUUAAGGUGAAAGUCAUUCACUUGUUAAAUGUAAAUAAAAGUUUGGUCACAUGA